CUGCCUGCCUUGGGGGUACCAGUGUGUGUGCUGAGUUGCAGAAGCUGCAGAUGGAAGCUCCCCAUAUCAUUGUGGGCACCCCAGGCCAUGUGUUUGAUAUGCUUAACCACAGAUACCUGUCUCCCAAAUACAUCAAGAGGUUUGUACUAGAUGAAGCUGAUGAAAUGUUAAGCCAUGGGUUCAAGGACCAGAUCUAUGACAUAUUCCAAAAGCUCAACAGCAGCACCCAGGUGGAAUCACUGUCAGCUACAGUGCCUUCCGAUGUGCCUGAGGUGACCAAGAAGUUCAUGAGGGACCCCAUUCGGAUUCUCGUCAAGAAGGAAGAGUUGACUGUGGAGGGUAUCUGCCGAUUCUUCAUCAGUGGGAAAGGAGAGUGGAAGCUGUACAUGUUGUGUGACUUGUAUGAGACCCUCACCAUCGCCCAGGCAGUCAUCUUUAUCAACACUGGAAGAAAAGUUGAUUGGCUCACUGAGAAGAUGCACACCUGAGACUUCACUGUCUCUGCUAUGCAUGGAUAUGUGGACCAAAAGGAAUGAAUUGUAAUAAUGAGGGAGUUCCACUCUAGCAGAGUAUGGAUUACUUCACACCUGAUGGCCAGAGACAUUGAUGUGCAGCAGGAUUCUUUAGUCAUCAACUAUGACCUUCCCACCACCAGGGAAAACUAUAUCCACAGAAUCAGUUGGGGUGGACCUUUUGGCCAUAAGGGUGUGGCUAUUAAUAUGGUAACGGAAGAAAACAGGAGGACUUUUUGUUGUUGUUAAUCCUCACUGGAGGAUAUUUUUCCAUUUUU